UCACUAGGCCUUGUUGUGGUAGAUGAGGUGAGAUAAAUGAUUAUAUCAUGUCAUUUUCAUUGAAGAGAUGAAACCGUUAAGUUAAAAUCAGCUGAAAUGAUGAAGUAGGAUGACUAGUUGAUUUUAAUGUAGUGAAAAAAUAUUAAAAAGCUGUCAUUGACACACUUUUUUCUUCAAAAAAUUGCCUCCAAAAUUCAGGUGUGUCUUAUACUCAAUAUUGUUAUACAAAUAGUAAAAAUUAAAUUAAAAAAAAAAAUUAAAAAUUAAUUUAAAAAUUAAGGUGCCUCUUAUAGUCCGUAAAAUACGGUAAAUAUGCAAGCCGCAAAAUGGGGGCUUUGAUGCUACAUUUUUCACUUUUAUUUGAUAUCAACAUUUUGAGCCUUAUUAUCUGAGAGAAAAAGAAACAUAAAAGGCAGCCAUAGAUAUUCUCUCUGUCCUAUGGGACAUUGUAUUUUUAAAGCUUUUAAUUUUUCUUUUUUGAUUGUGACUAGAAAAUAAUUUGAUUCAAGUCGCUCAUGUGAAAAGAAAAUGUAAAUAUUUUAUUUUUUUAGACGCAGAGGAACAUAAUUAUGUUUGUGGGUUCUUUUGUGAAAUGAAUUCUAAUUUUUUUAAUUGAUUUCCAGCUCCACAUGAUUGGAGAAGGUGGAUCUAGAGGAGCAACGUUAGAAGCCACCCUCAUGAAAAUUACAACAGCAAAGAGUGGGUAACAUUUUUUAAGCGUUGUAAAGUUUACCUUCAAUCUAAAAAUUAUAAAUACUUAUGCAAAUGUUAUUUUUUAAAUUACAAAAUCUAAACUUUUUUUUCACUAUAAUAUAAAGUGAUUAACUCAUAAAUUUGCAAUCUUGCAUUAAUCUUAAUUAUUUCAAUAAUGCAAGUGUUACAACCUCUGUUAUACUUUACGUGUUACGGCUCUCUCUUGGUUGUCUAGGGUGUAUGAAUCUCUCACAUAAAACGCAAAGGUCCAGUGUAACUAUAUAUAUAAUAUGUAUUAGAUUCUUUACAAAGCAGGAUACACAUCAGUCCAAAUACCAAUUAUCCACUCGCUCCUAUCGCUACUGACUAACUCUUAACUGACAACUCUGACGACUAACAAUUCUCUUGCUCUACCUUUCUUCCCUGACUCUCUCUGUCUGACUUUCUUCUCUCUGACCUCUAGCUAACACACCUCCCUUUUAUAAUACCACACAACAACUCAGCCUACGCAAACGUUCCACACCACGGACUAACUUCACGCUCUGACCUCACGAUCAACAACUAACAAAACACUCACGAUUCUCAACAAACUAGCUCACAACAGCAAGGAUAAAAAAUUUUUAGCUUGGCUGGUAUUUUUCUAUUAAGUUUCUAUUCUAUUUGUGUCCAAAAUAAUUAUGAAGGGCACUGCCGAAUAUAAUUGUAUUGAAUAUAUAACCGUCCUCCAGAACUCCAUUCUUUGUAUAAACAUAUUAUUAUUUUAAGAAAGACUUUGAUAGAGGACCUAUUAUUAAAAGUACACUUUAUUCUCUUUAAAAAAUUCAGUAUUAGCAUCUAUCCUUGUGGUUCUACAGCUCAUGAAUGACUUUGGCCUGGAUCACAACUUUCUUCCGCUCAGACCUAACUAAUUCCAAGUUGCAGUAGAUUUUUUUCCACAUCAUCCAUCCAUCUAUGCUUAGGUCUGCCUUUGAGUCGUUUGUCUAUUAGGUUGGCCAAGGCUCCUGCUCUAUGCAGGCUUAGUAUGUUCCAAGGUGGCAAUCCAAAAAUUAUGUCCAUGGAGGUUUUUACAUAUUUCCUAUUAUUGAAAUCUAUCACAAAAAGUGUUUACAUCAAAUACUGACGGUUGGUUCAAUGAUGUAUUUCAGGAGACACACAGAUCAUAGGCAUGAGUGCAACCCUCACCAACAUCAAGGACCUACAGGAGUUCUUGGCUGCAGAGGUUUACUCCAAUGACUUCAGACCUGUGUGUGCCAACUAAAUAAUGUUUUGUUUCAUUCCGAAAAUAUUGGCUUUCAAUAAGUAACACAAGAAUGCAAUUAAUUUGGAAAGCCGUUUGUUGAUUAAAUUGAAAACCAAAUAUAGUAGUGUUUGGAGCUCCUUAACUUUUAAAAAUUAUAUUUAGUUUCAUUGUGCAAAACAUGUUAAUCACUUCCAUGUUUAAUGCCAGAGGAGAUUAUUUUAAAUGGAUGCAAGUAAUAUGAUUGGAAGUGCGGAAAAUGUCUGUGAGGGUGGUGUAAAUUGUUAUGGUAUAAGAACUGUGUUGGCCUUCAGGUUGACAAUACAAUAAAUCCAGUAUAAUGAGACAGCUCAGACAUUUGUUUGAAAAAAUCUAUCAGGUUAUAUUGGAGGAAUAUGUCAAAGUGGAGGACAAGUUGCUCAAAGUAAAUCAAAAAGCUUUGGAUCAGGACAGCAAGCUUGAGGACUACCGUGUCCUAAAUUAUCAGGUAUCU